AUGGCGGCACUCAAUCGAGACACAGCUCCAAGUUUCGAAAACCACUUUGGGGACACGGAAGUGACCAUGGGAGGGUAUUCCUUUCAGGGGGUCGUGCAUGGAGACCCCCAUUUCAACCAACACUACUCCACCACCCCACAAAGUCUUCCCAAGGGGGUCCCCGAAGCAGCUUUCAAUGCCGCUAGUAAGCAACACACGCCCUCUUGUCUGCAAGAUACUCGCUGCGAACCACUCGAAAAAUUAAGAAAAUGGGCGGAUGGGGACGGAGAAAAGCGAAUCUACUGGCUUAGAGGCAUGGCUGGUACUGGAAAAUCCACCAUCGCCUUGAUCAUCGCUCGUGAAUAUCACCGCAAGCAGCAGUUAGGCGCCAGCUUCUUCUUCUCCAGGGGUGAUGGAGACCUUGCAUCAACUCGGAAAUAUGCGGCGACAAUAGCAACCCAGCUUGCAGAAACUUCGCCGGAGCUCUGCAAAUAUAUCAAGGCUGCUGCAGCGUCGACUCCUCGUCUUCAUACUCUCGGUUUAUAUGAUCAAUGGGAAAAACUUGUUAUCGAGCCGCUGUCGCAGUUGAACGAUAAUCCAUUUGCAAUGCCGCUUGUCAUCGUGAUCGAUGCACUGGAUGAAUGCGAUGAUGCAGAUGGCAUAUCUGUUCUUGUUCGAUGUCUUGGGACACUUCUCUCGGUUGAGAAUGUCAAAAUUCGAGUUUUGAUUACAAGCAGGCCAGAAAGGGCAAUAAAGCUGGAUUUCGAUAACAUCUCCAGUAACGCACGUCAUGACCUAAUCCUCCACGAUAUCGAACAGUCAGUCAUUAACGAUGAUCUGACUGUCUUCUAUAAGCAACGUCUUUUCGAUAUAUCGCAACGGUGCUUCGUAGACGAAAAUUUUCUAUCUGAUGAAAGUAUUCGGCUCUUUGUGAAAAGAUCUCAUGGUCUAUUCAUUCAUGCUGCUACCGUAUGCCGGUUUGUCGGAGAUAAUUUUCAGCUGGCAAAUGAGCGUUUGCUACUCUUAUCUACAUCGGCAACUAUCCCAAUGCGAUGUAUGCCACAGUCCUACGCUAUUCCUUGA